CCCAUCAUUCUCUCCUUCCAUACCACCUACCGGCCACUUGAGCGUCAACAACACGCCCACAAUGCCGCCUACAAAGACCCAGACACAAUGGAAGGACAUUCCUCCUGUUCCAUCAUCGUCGGAGUUUCUCGACAUUGUCCUCUCCCGCACACAGCGACGACUCCCCACCCAGAUCCGCGCAGGCUUCAAGAUCUCGCGUAUUCGUGGUUUCUACACGAGAAAGGUCAAGUUCACUCAAGAGACUUUUUCCGAGAAAUUCGGAGCUGUGCUUGAAUCUUUCCCUCGCAUUAAUGAGAUACAUCCGUUCCACAAGGAUCUCUUGCACACCCUCUACGAUGCCGACCAUUUCCGAAUCGCCCUCGGCCAACUGUCGACCGCAAAGCACCUGAUCGAGUCCAUCAGCCGCGACUAUGUGCGCCUCCUCAAAUAUGCACAGUCACUGUUCCAGUGCAAGCAGCUGAAGAGGGCCGCUCUUGGACGUAUGGCCACCAUCAUCAAGCGUCUCAACAACCCCCUCAAGUACCUGGACGAGGUCCGACAACAUCUUGGCCGUCUGCCCUCGAUCGACCCCAACACUCGAACUCUUGUCAUCUGCGGCUACCCCAAUGUCGGCAAGAGCAGUUUCUUGCGCUCAAUCUCUCGCGCCGACGUCGACGUGCAGCCGUAUGCCUUCACAACAAAGUCCCUGUUUGCCGGUCAUUUUGACUACAAGUACCUCCGUUUCCAAGCUGUGGAUACCCCCGGAGUUCUGGACCACCCGCUCGAGGAGAUGACCACGAUCGAGAUGCAAUCCAUCACCGCCAUUGCGCACUUGCGGGCGGCGAUCCUGUAUUUCAUGGAUCUUUCGGAGCAGUGCGGCUACACUGUCAAGGCCCAGUGCGCGCUCUUCAAGAGCAUUAAGCCGCUCUUUGCCAACAAGAUCUGCUUCAUCGUGAUCAACAAGAUCGACGUGACCAGGCCAGAAGACCUGGACGCUGAGACUCAGGCUGAAUUGCAGUCCCUGCUGAAGUCUGGAGAGGUCGAGAUGGUCCAGGCGAGCUGCAACACACAGGAAGGUGUCCAGGCUGUCAAGAACGCGGCUUGUGAGAAGCUGAUUGCGGAGCGAGUGGCGUCCAAGUUGAAGGCUGGUCAGACAAGCAGCGGUGCUGCCGGCAGCCGUUUGACAGAGAUCAUGACCAGAAUCCACGUGGCCCAGCCCAUGGAGGGCUCCAAGCCUCUGGAGACGUUCAUUCCUGAGGCCGUCAAGGACAUGAAGAAGUACGACAAGAAUGACCCGGAGAGACGGCAACUCGCACGAGACAUUGAGCAGGAGAAUGGCGGCGCUGGUGUCUACUCGGUGGACCUGCGCAAGGACUACCUGCUCAAGAACGACGAGUGGAAAUACGACAAGAUUCCAGAGGUCGUCGACGGGAAGAACGUGUUCGACUUCAUUGACCCCGACAUCGAUGCCAAGCUGGCUGCCCUCGAGGAGGAGGAGGAGCGCCUGCAAAAUGAGGGCUACUACGACUCGGAGGAAGAGAUGGACGACGAUGAGGAGGAGGAGAUCCUUGAGAAGGCCCAGCUCAUCCGCGAGAAGCAGGCCCUCAUCCGCAACGAGGCCAGGAUGCGCAAGUCGCUCAAGAACCGGGCCAUAAUACCCCGGAGCAAGACCAAGAAGCCGCUGUCGCAGCUCGCGGACCACCUGGACCAGCUGGGCAUCGACGCGACCGAGGUCGAGGCCCGCGGCAGGGCGAUGGCGCCCGACUCGCGCGGCCGGUCUCUUACCAGGAGCCGUGCCGGCACCGAGGUCUCGGACGCCAUGGAGGUUGACAGGACGCCGCGCGAGCGCCUCAGGUCCAAGAGCAGGCCGGCCCACCGGGCCCCCGAGACGGACAGGUCACAGGCCGGUAUGACGGACGACACGACGCGUACAAAGGCCGAGAGGACGGCCAAGGUUGCGCAGAGGAAGAUGAACAGGAUGGCGAGACAGGGUGAGGCCGACAGGCACACCCCCGCGUCGCUGCCGAAGCACUUGUUUGCUGGAAAGCGUGGUAUGGGCAAGACCUCUCGCCGUUAAGGGGCACGGGAGAGCGGGGGAAAGGAGGGAAGCGGCGGGGAAGAAAAUGGACAUGGGAGAAAUACACACGGGGCUUUCACAUGGACUACGGCGUUUGGCGACGAUAUGCCAGGGUUUCUCUUGCUCGACUGCCGUGUUCUUCAUGUUCUGGGGUAGAUGAUAAUUCGAUGAGACGGCCUCCUGCGGCUCACUUGAUAUGAACUGAACACAAUCCAGGCUUUCGCUGCAUGUGUGCAUGCCCUACCACCAGCCGACUCGCCCCACCCCUCAUGUGUUGGCAGGGACAGCAGUCCAAUUGACGUACAGUCGCUCGACCCACUCUCCCAAGCUGUGAGGCUGCUGGUGAGGACACAGUCGAUAUGGGAUAAACGUGAUGCAUCGACC